CAAGCACAGUCCGCAACGGCUUUACGUCGCCUUAUGACGGAGUACAAGCAGCUAGUCUCGGGAGGUGCCCCGGAUAACAUGUUUACUGCAGGGCCGAUAUCCGAGGACAAUUUCUUUGAAUGGGAAGCCUUGAUCCAAGGUCCGGAAGACACACCUUUCGAAGGUGGCGUAUUCACUGCAAAGUUAUCAUUUCCUAGCGACUACCCCCUCAGCCCAUUCAAAAUGAGGUUUGACCCGCCCGUACUACAUCCUAACAUCUACAAAGACGGCAAUGUCUGCAUUUCAAUCCUCCAUGCUCCUGGAGACGACCCAACGAUGUACGAGUUGUCCUCCGAACGUUGGUCUCCGGUACAGAGUGUGGAGAAGGUCAUAUUGAGCGUUAUUUCAAUGUUGGCAGAACCUAACCUGGAGAGUGGCGCGAAUAUUGACUGCUGCAAGUUGUACCGAGAAAACAAAGCCGAGUAUGAGCGUCAGGUACGAAGGAUGGUGGUGGAGCAGCUCGGUAUUGAGGCAUGAGUUUCGUCACGAUGGAGCCCUUUCAUGUUCGUAACAUCUUCUCUGAGUAUUUGCGAUGGGCAACGAUUUCGAACGCCGAAGCCAAGAGGCAUUCCAGAAUAUCGAAAAUUCCAUCCAUAUGAUUAGAUUACCCCCUAUGGUUCUACUUAGUCCUCUAGCUUGUACUAUAGUGUAUAGCGAGUGAGCUGAAUCGAGAACUCCGAAAAUGGAACGUAGGCUCAUGUCAGCG